CCACUCCAAUUUACACAUACAGAACCUACUACAAUUAGCUGCCUUUCGCCUGUCGACAUUUCCUUUUACUUAUUUUAAUCUUUUAAAGUUGUAAAAGUUUUUAAACUAUGAUUUUCUUGUUUAGUUUCAUCUCUUGGCCUUCUAAUCCUUGAGCAAAAGGUCAACCAGUUUUAUCCAAGAACGCGGAGCUUCUAGCUUUCAAACAGAAUUGGGGAAAAAACAUAAAAGCUGAGGAAUUUUGAGAUCGGCUGAUUCUUGGGUUUAUCGCUACUUUGCUUGUAUGGGGUUUUCAGAUGUUUGAGGGAGAAUCUUCCUGCCCUGUUUGUUUUGAUGAUGAGAAACCUCAAGGAAAGUUGCAGAAAUCUUUUUAAAAGCAAAGGUUGUUUUGGAUGUUGUGCCAAAUCACCAUUUGUGAUUUCUUCAGAAAAACGAUUGAGAGGAUUGAAAAAUCAAGUUCGAGAAGCAACAAAGAAGAGUUUGGGAGGAGAGUUUUGGAGUAGCAGUACCGGUGAGAUGGAUAAUAGCACAGUUCCGUCCCAGAGAAGUGUCUCAUCGAUUAGCACCUCAAAUCUCGCCCUCGAUUGUAGCGCUGGCACCGCAAACAACCAUUCGGAAUUUGUAAAUCAUGGUUUUCUUCUUUGGAAUCAAAUAAGGCAGCAGUGGGUUGGAAAGAGAGAAUCCCAGAGGCGUGCACCGGUUGACGAACCCAAAUUAAGUUUUGAUGCAACCUACGAUAGUUUGCUUGGGACAAACAAACCCUUUCCUCAACCAAUACCUCUAUCGGAAAUGGUAGAUUUUCUCGUUGAUGUCUGGGAACAGGAUGGACUUUAUGAUUAAGCCCUCCAUAUGGGCAAACAACAAAACAUUCUCAACCAUUGCUUCAUGGGAUUUCUGUUCUUAGGAAUUUUAAGGAAACACUCUUGAUAGACUUUGGAGAACAGGAUGGAUGUUUCUCCAUUCUAAACAGCACUAUCUGUUGUAUGUCUUUAUGUCCAUACUAAGCCAAAAUUAAAAAGUAAAAACCUCUUGAUCUGUCUGGAUAAGGUUUGUAAAGCAAGACUUCUGGUCUAACUCUGAUACCAGAUUGAUUGAAUGAUGUAUUUUGUCAUAAUUAAAAGUUGUUGAUAUUAUACAUUUAUAUUUUAUAUGUUA